UCGCAUCGCCCUGUUUGUUCGCUUUUGACAGCAACUGCCAAGGAAAGAACUUCACAACAUUAGACGGAUCGGAGGUGCAAUUUUGUGUGACUCGGAAUUCUAUUUCAAACAACUCUUUGCCAAAGAUGAAUCAGUAACUAAACAACUGUACUUAAUACCUGUGUAUCGUAACAAAACACCGUGCCUAUUCUCCACCAAAAGUGGCCAAUAUCAGUGCAUUUUGCUGUGUAGGUUCGCUUCUGGUUAGUGUUGGUUACAUACCCUACGUAAAUUGUUUCCAUUAUCCGGAAAGAAACUACUCAAAAUCUACUCAAAUAGGUAAGCACCACCACCACCACCACCAUGGCCAUGGGGAUUGAUUGAGCCGAGCGUGAAGGAAGAGUGUACCACGCGAAAGCAAGACAGCUCGCUUAUCGGAUACGGCGUUGCAGUGUCUUAAGAUGCCCCAGUCGACGACCAAUCAGCAUAACGCUGGUGUGAAUGUGAGCGGUGCGCACCAGCAUCACUCGUAUGAAACGGCUGCUGCGAUGGCGAACGAUUCGAGACAGACGAUAGCCGCGGUGACGGCGAGCAUCGGGCACGGGACUAGUGUAGCACCGCGAUCUAGACCGAAACCAACUCAACACACUACAGGCACACCUUCGAUUGGGCUCACGCUGGCAGCAAUCCCAUUGAAUGCCUCACCGAAAAACGUCAUUUCGCCCAUUCCGGCAGCUAUCGUAGAAUGUGAUAAGUUUGUGGCCAACUUUGACGAUAAAUUUCUCGCUGCUUCCAUACCUCGACAAAGCCCGGCAGAGGGAGAUUCGAACAGUUUUAAAUUCGUGGUACCUUCUACGGCUGUAUCGCCUGCUGCUGCCCUGCUGUCCCCAUUCGAGCAAGAUCCGAUGUCGACCUCCACCACCACGGUUUCCAUUCGGCCGAGGCCAACAGUGCUGUCGCACUCGCAGCAGCAUAUGCUAAGCAACUCAAACAGUGAAAAGUCGCUAGUCUCUCCUUUGUCCGGAUCGUCCACGUGGAAUCCAUUCGGAGAUCCUUCGCCAUUCAGCCCCAUCUCAACGCUCACCGAAGACCAACUAUUUGGAGCCGAAUUUGACAAACUUCGGCUCGAAGGUAGCCAAACCUCCAUCGUGACCUCUCCGGAGGAAAUGAAAUCGGACCGUUGCGUUUCCUACUGGGGUUCCCAGCGCGGAUCACUCUCGCAGGCCCUAUCUACCGGUAUGAUUGCGACGAACGGAGGUUUAUCUGGGAAGGAUUUACUGACGCUCGAAGAAGAUCCGUUCGGGUCCGCACCGUUUACCUUGCCGAAGCGUUUCAAGCAGAAAAGUAGCUCUUCGAAGUUGGCUUCCAAGAUAAGUGACCGCUGGCGGUAUGCGGUGGGAAGUGGACAAGGAGGAACGGGCAAAGAAAGUCUGAUAGAAAACACACCAACGGAACCAUGCAACAAUGGCAUCGAUGUCGUUGGUAUUGGUAACCCCCACAAGGACAUGGGCUUAGACAAAACAGUACUCGGACCAAAGAAUCUGAAGCUAGACGAUCUCAUCAGCAGCGGCGAAAAAGGAUCACCUAGUUUCAUUAAACUGCCGCUGGACGAUCGCAACAAGUACGAAAAGCUCAAUUCCAACGACAUUACGUCGGACGACAGUGAUUCAGAGUUUUAUUCCGAAUCCAUCGGAUCUUCGGUCGUAGGUGGUACAAUCAGUGGAGCUGGUGGUCUCGCAGGGAUAGGCCAUAUUCACAACAGCGGCAGUACCGGUGGUGGAAGUGCGAAAAAACACAGCUUCAAACAAUUCGUAGAGAGUAACAUUCCAGAAAAAUUGCAAGCCGUGUACCAUAAGGUGGACAAGAGCCAAAUGAAAAACGUACAGCUGGUAAAGAAGUUACGCUGCAAAGUUGCUCAUGCGAGCAAGGAAUCAUCAGUCACUGGCGUAACAGCAACCAAGGCCACUGACCGCCGCCUAGCGCGAAAGACUGGCAAUCGGGAAGUACCGAAUUCACCGGGAAACGGCAAUGCUUCGGAUGAUGAUUCGAUCGGAUCGGCAUCGGAUCUACGCGCCAAUGAUGAUUUUGCGGAAGGAGAUGAGACCAAUGCAAAAGUUCCAUCGCAAGAACCGACUCGCAGAAAACCGUUCGGACGUGGAGUGUUUGGCGGAGAGGGAAGUGUCGAUGAUUGCAUUAGCGAGAGCAUUAAAACGUGCGGUUCAAGUGCCUACCACGCGGAAUGCGAAAGCGUGACCACCAACGAGGACAACACGAGCCGAAUAGUGACACGGGUACGGGUAAAGAAGCGGGAACAUUUGGAUUCGAAGCACAGUGUCAUCGAUGAAGAUGAUUCCGCCGAGGAAGACAUGAUUCAGGGCGAAAAGCCGCUUCUGUUGGAUGACGAGCUGGACUAUGAAUCGGCCGCCGAGAACAACACAAGUGGCGAAGAGAUCCUAAUGGACCCAUUCACGCCGGAGGACGAAAUAGUCGCUAAACGACAGCAAAACAGCCUGGAAGACGAUGAAGCUGACGCAGAGUUGGAUCCGUUUGCGAUGGCUCCCUUUCGCAAGCCGUUCGUGCCAAAGCGGAACAAUGGUAUAAAGUUUCUACCCGAAGUCCAUUCCAUCCCGGAACACUGCCCUACCGGUGGAACGGUAGAGCUACUGUCGAACGAUUUCAUCACGUCUACACCGAUCAAACCGACUGCAACAAGCUGCGAACCCGCGCAUUCGGUGUGCUGUGACGAUUUUUUCAAUUUGAACGUAGAUCCGAUAUCGUCACAGCGGGAAAAAGUUUCCCCUAAUGCACGACGAGAUCUAUUCGGAUUGGAACCGUUUCCAAUCGCACCGAUGGUUCCCGUAGUAUCGACCCUUUCGCCAGGAGCGGUGACGGCGCUGCCAACAAAAAUGGCUGUGGCAUCUCCCACGCUACAACCAGCAGCGUUAGCCGGUGCCUUGGUUCAAUCACCAAAAGCUCCUAUGGCAAAUGCACCUCAGGAAUCAUUAAUCUCACGAGUUACCCUCGAGUCCGGAGGCGUAACAUUGACCCACAUUAUCCCUCACAUUAGCGCCACUGUACCGACCAUACCGAUACUCCCUGCCCCACCAUCUAAUGUGCCGUUGAGUUCAUCGAUGUCCACGACAGUUUCUAAUCAAAACCAGCAGGCAGCUAUGAACAGUCAUCUCCAUCAGCAUUCAGCCGUUGCAGGACAGCAGCACAUGACCGCACGGCGUAAUUACGUAAACUUUAGCCAGAUCCCUUCGCAUAGCGUUACCUCUAUUUCGCCGGACAACAACUACGUAAAUUUCUGCCCAGAUGAUGAGGACGAUGACGACGUGCGCAAUCUGAAGUCGGACGAUUACGACGACAACAGCAGCGAUACGGUUGUGAAAGUUUCCUCCAAAGGAUUUCUGACCAAAAAGCAAAAGGUAAGGUAUAAUCAUUUGCAGGAGAAGAGCAGCACCAGCGCCAGUCACGGGCGCAAUGAAGAACCUACGAGCACCCUCGGCCAAAAGAUGAAAGCCAACGUUAGUGGCUAUCGCAAAGCAGUUCUGGAAAGUGGCGUCGCAAGCAUCGGAAAGGGCAGAAAAGACGACCAAAUAGCCAAACAACCAAAAGGAAGCACCAAAACAAGCUCUAAAGCAAUGGGAUUCAGCAACAUGAGCUUCGAGGACUUCCCUUCCGACGAGCUGGCGGAUGAAGCGGUAGGAGCAGCCGAUGGUACUCGGUUGACGAGUGGGGUUGGUUCCGGUAAACUGCUAAAGAUGGCCCCGUUCGAGGUGAUCCGUAAUGAAAAGAUGUUGCUAGAAGCGGAGAAGAAGUUCGGGUCACUGAAACGCCGUAGCAAUCCGUUCUCCUGAUUGUACGCCGAAGGGUACAAAAAACGAAAGUGAAUACUAGCCGUUUGCUACGGUCAACAGGUCAGCGAUUUUAAGUUAUUGUUUCUUUAUGUUUUACACCACUGUACCACUGUUUGAUUCGGCCAAAGGGCACGAGUUUUGGACACCCGGUCCGUGUCCGUUCGGGCAUUGAUCGACACAAUUCGCAGAGAAGUAAAAAAGCAUGUGUACGAUUCUUUAGAAGAACGCAGAACAUGCACUGAACCAAGAGACUGGAAUGCUUCGUAAUGAUGAGUGAAAAUUAGUACUUUCAAGUUAGCGAUUACACCACUGACCACACCGGUAGGGACAUUUGGCCACGAACCGCACACACACACACAUACACACAUAGGCAGCGCUUGGAAGCAAAAGAAGCCAGAUAUACAGCCAACCUCAUCGCUCCACUAGGCAGGCAAACAAGGCAAAGAUUUUAUUUAGCGAUAUUACCAAAAUGUAGCAUUAUGGUACUUGUACAGGUAUUGUGUGCGUUAGUGCAAGUGUGUCUCGUUGCGAACACGUUUCACCGCAUUAUUUUUGUAUUAUUUUGUUUUACUAUGUACGUUAUUUAUUACACUUUCAAGUACAACUGAGUCAGUGGGUUGUAGCGUGUGUAGGUCUUACAGUAGAAUCGUAUUGCAAUAUAGCCCCCGCUAAAGGUGGCAGCUAUGUAUAGCCUAUGUUUCAGUAUUAUCAGACAGCAAGGUAAUACGCAAAGUGCAUUUCUUUACAUCGUUUCAUCGAGAUCGAUAAGAAAGUAGAGCUCUGUGUUGCGCUAGAACUUUUAUUCCAUAACGAUCGAGGAUCGCAGGGUAAAUGUUUUGUUUUUUUUUGUCUAGUGUGUAAAAAAAGAAGAACGUCUAGCAACUUAUCCUUGCCUCAAACAAUGCUAAUCCACCUCCCCAACCUUGUUUAUACAGACUGCAAAUAGAAAAAAAACAAUAUUCGAUGAAUGCAAUCCCCGUACGAUCCGUAUAUAUACAUAUAGUAUAUAAUAUAUAUUUAUAUAAAUUA